UAGAUAAAUAAUUUACCUUCCUGGUUGGAAGACUACCUUGUCAGGUAACUCGUGUCCUUUUAAACGAAAUGGUCACAGUCCGUGUGAGUAGAUUAGAGUGUAAAACGGUUGUUGCAGUUUGCUGCCGUCGAACUGAAAUUGGUGUCAGUUUAGGUUAGAUUGACAGAACAGCGUCGGCUGCACAGCGCUAGCUAAGAGGAGGAAACUGAAGUGUGCGGUCUCAAGUCGCAUACAGAGAUUGUGAGUGGGUUAUCAGGCAGUCUCCCUAUGUCAGGCCGAAACGGGUCUGCAAGUGAUGCAGACUGUCGGAUCUCUGAGGACUGCCAUGUCCCAGAUGUUGAGCUGAUGGAGCUGGGGCCGCUGCUGGAGGAAGGAGGGGCAGCAUCUAAAGGCGGCCAUGCAGAGGGAGCUGCAAUGCUUGCUGAUGAGGAAGAUGAUGAUGAAGAGGUGGGAGAGGUCUUGACCUUACCACUUCAGGCUCACCAUGCCAUGGAGAAGAUGGAGGAGUUUGUACACAAGGUUUGGGAGGGACGUUGGAGGGUCAUCCCUUUUCAUGUCCUGCCUGAGUGGCUUAAGGACAACGAUUACCUCUUGCAUGGACAUCGACCCCCUAUGCCAUCCUUCAGGGCCUGCUUUGGAAGCAUCUUCAGAAUUCACACUGAAACAGGAAAUAUCUGGACUCACCUGUUAGGGCUGAUCCUAUUCAUUUGUCUGGGCACAUUAACCAUGUUGAGGCCCAACAUGUAUUUUAUGGCCCCACUGCAAGAGAAAGUGGUGUUUGGAAUGUUCUUCCUGGGAGCUGUGCUCUGUCUCAGCUUCUCCUGGCUCUUUCAUACCGUCUACUGCCACUCCGAGAAAGUGUCUCGCACCUUCUCCAAACUUGACUACUCGGGCAUUGCCCUCCUGAUCAUGGGCUCGUUCGUGCCCUGGCUGUACUACUCAUUCUACUGUUCCCCACAGCCACGACUUAUCUACCUCACCAUUGUCUGUGUCCUUGGCAUUGCUGCCAUCAUAGUGGCCCAGUGGGACCGUUUCUCUACACCUCGUCACAGACCUACACGAGCAGGGGUGUUCAUGGGACUAGGAUUAAGCGGCAUUGUCCCCACCAUGCACUUCACCAUCGAGGAGGGUUUUGUUAAGGCCACCACAGUCGGCCAGAUGGGCUGGUUCUACCUGAUGGGUGCCAUGUAUAUCACUGGUGCUGGUCUGUAUGCAGCAAGGAUCCCUGAACGCUAUUUCCCUGGAAAGUGUGACAUCUUGUUCCAUUCUCAUCAGAUUUUUCAUGUCCUGGUCGUGGCAGCAGCGUUCAUUCAUUUCUACGGCGUUUCCAAUCUGCAGGAGUUUCGCUAUGGCCUCGAGGGAGGAUGCACAGAUGACACUCUGCUCUGAGAUCCUGACUGUGACUUACUCAUGCUUUUCUUUAUAGCCCCAUAAGCAACACAAACACACACACACACACAGCAUUUUUCCACUAUACAUUCCCAGCAUGGUGUCACUCGGCACGUUUUCUUUGCUUUUCCAUUAGUGAUAGUACCUGGACCUGGUACAUUUUUUUUUAGUACCUGUUCCAAGCAAGCUGAGCCGAUACAAUGCGUAGUAUCUGCUGGCCACUGAUUGGUCAGAGUGUCGUCACUGGAAGAGGCAUUAGCAAGACGUCCGACACAACAAUCAAACCUAACAAUGUCGAACUAUAGAUCUAUUAAAAACUCUUGAGAACUUGCGUUAAUCUCCGUCAUUUUACAAAGAAAUGUCUAAAAUCCUCAAUAUUUAACAAAGGAGUCUGGUGUAUUUAGCGACAGCACCACUGAAAGCCUGUGAUUGUGAGCGGCGAACACCUGUGUGAUCGUGUCAGACGGAGUCUGCUCCAGUCAUGCAGGAAGUACGAUUCUGUGAACAAAUCUUUUUAAUUAACUGAUUCUAAUGAUUCAGUACAUUCAGUAAAAAACUGCUUUUCAAGUCACUAGUUUGUGAGUGUUGAGUGUAAGUCACUGCAGUUUUAUGCUGCUGUGCAGUGAUGACUCCGCCCACGUUGAGAAGGUACUAUAGUAAUGGAAAACAAACUGAACUGUGUAAAGUCGUGCCGUGCCAUGCCGAGGCGACCGGUGCCGGGAUUAUUUAGUGGAAAAGCGCCAAUACACACACACACCCCCCAACACUUACACGUGCUGCUGGAAUUGAGUAUAGUCCCUAAUAUUGCUCCUUCUGUAUGUCUGAUUUGCAAAUAUCCUCUUUGGGUUUUGGUGGUCUGUCUAAUUUGGCUCCUUUUUGCUCCAAUAAAGUAGCAUUAACUAGCCAAUGAACUAUGGAGGGAAUCUUAAACGGGCAGAGCGUCUUUUAAAUUUAUGAAGCUUCAAGUCUGCGUUUUCAAGCGAAGUCAAAAUGGGACUUUUACCAAAUCAAUUAUUACUGUAAUGUUUCUGUUCACCUUUUAGAAACUCUCUAGUAGCCCAGCUUCACCUGUCUGUUACAAUUAUUUUAAAGAGUUUUUGUGCUGUAGCAGGGAGCACGUGUUAUAAACCAUUCCUUUUUAUUCCUCCCAGUUCACAUGCAGAUUAGAGGACCAUCUGACGGAAAUAGGAGUCCAGGACCAUGUAGGUGAUUCAGGCCUAAACACACCUCUGUUUGUAUAUUUGAGGAGAGUCAAUAAAUACACACAUACACUGUGUAAGGAUGUCACCAGAUAUCCGUAUCAACAAAAACAGUACAACCUUUCAUUUAAACCUGUGAGACCAGGCUCACGCCAUAGUAAAAGUUCCUCAAAAUCCCAAUGAAACAUAAUAGUAAAUGUCAUUACAAAAGAAACAUGGAGCUUAAAUCCACUAAUUGGGGCAUACAGGUGUGUCUAAUGAGGGAUGUAGUGUUAAUCAGAUUUUUACCUGAAUAAAUCAGUGGGCUGGAUAUUUCCUUGUUUGACUUUUAUACUGGAAUUCCUGCUUUGAUCAGCAAUAGUCUCAAGUGAUUUUGAAAUGGCACUGAAAGGCUGUAAAGGCUUGUAGCUUCUGUGGGGAAAUGUAUGAGCUCAGCUCAGAUUAGAUUAAAAUGCUGGGGUGAAAAAACACACCUACCAUAAUUUUGUCAGUCAGAAAACACACUCAUUAAUUCAUUUCGAGGGUAAUUUUUCCUGGGCUACGCACAAUGUAUAGAUCUGGAUUGGUCUAAUUUUUUUGCAAGGUAAUGUAUUUUUUCCUUUUGUGCUAGAUUACAGAUGCAAUGAGAGGUGUAAAUAUUCAAUGCACCUUGGUGUAUAACAUGGAAUUCUAAACUUUAAAUCACUAUAUGGGGUUUAAAAUGUGUUAUGUAUGAUUGAUAUAAACUUUUAGUAUUCCUGUGCCUUAGGCCAAUGGAAAUGUUUUUAAAUAAAAUGGCCUAUCUUAACUGUCAAGGGAGCUUCAAGGUUUUCCAGAUGUUUGACAUUUUUUAUGUUUUCCUUGCCAUAAAUACACAAUCAAAUCAUUAUUGAACUUACAACUCCAUUAAUAGGUUGUAUCAACUGCUGUUUGAGACUCCUUUUUCUAGAUCAACUUAUUCAAGCUUUAUUACAAAGACUAAGACAAUGUGUAUUCUUGACUUUGUGUUUUGUCCUGUGUAGAAAGUGAUACAUCAUACAUUUCACUGAAAUGUAAACAUGAAUAUUUAUUAAUGGUAAUCUUGGAAAAUUAUUGUAAUAAAUUUUUUUCCACAUGUACAAAGAUAGUGUCUGGUUAUGUCGUGUGUAUUUUAACAGUCAAAUUUAAUGUAAAUAAUGUCCAACUUUAAUAGAAUAAGCUGAUGGUUGGAGAUUAGUGGCAAAAAAAAAUAAGUGUGAGAUGAGUUCACAUCUGAUGUUGAUCGCAAGAGAAGGUAAUGCAACAUGUAUGUACUAAAAUGUCAGGAGUAUAAAUCAGAAUUCACAAUCAUUUAACAUUCAUGUGUAUUCAAUCUUUGUCUCAAUAAAGAAAUUCAUAAAAUAAGUUCUAUUAAAGUGAUAGAAAAUUGUGCUGAUUUAAUCUUAGUCCUAAAUCCUCUGCAAAUGAUUGCUUUAUACAGUGCAAAAUUGUGAAUAAAAUAAUCAUUCUCAUA